UUUGACAGAAGUGUUGUUGAAAUAUUUCAUCAUUUUUGUACAUGUUGAACUCACUUGAGGCGAUACUACUUUUGCAUGUUUUGUUAGUCGUUGGUAAUUUACGACGUGUUCCGGUACGAUAAUCAAACGGUGAAAUAAAUUUUGUCUAAAAAAUGAGCAAAGACGAAAAAACAGCCGUGGCUGCCGAUGCCAACGAAACCGGUGAAAGUCAGUCGAAAAAAGCUGCGAAAAAACUUGCAAAAGAAGCAGCGAAGGCGGCCAAGAAAGCCGAAUACAAGGCAGCAGCUGCAGUAACAAGUGGGGCCACCGGUGAUGCUGAAUCCGCACAAGAUUAUUCAGAAGGAAAGUAUGGUGCUUCCAAAUUGAUUCAAUCGCAAGAACAUCAUGAGGAACGUGUUUUCACUAAAGUUGCACAUCUAUCCGAAUCCCUGAAAAAAUCGCCCAAUCAAAGUGUUUGGGUGCGCGGUCGCGUACACACGUCACGUUGCAAAGGAAAACAAUGCUUCUUGAUAUUGCGUCAGCAAAGCUCAACGGUCCAAUGCGUCAUCGCUGUUAAUGAUGCCGUAUCCAAACAAAUGGUGAAAUUCUCGGGAAGCAUCAACAAGGAAAGUAUAAUUGAUAUAAAUGCGAAAAUCGUUGCGGUCUCAUCGAAAAUAGAAUCAUGUACGGAACAAAAUUUGGAAUUAUCUGUGCUGGAAAUUUAUUUGGUGUCAGCGGCUAAGCCACAACUUCCUCUACAAAUUGAGGAUGCUUCGAGACCAGAGAAAAAUAAUGAUCCAAACAGUCUUAAUAUUCGUGUCAAUCAAGACACUCGUCUUGACAAUCGUGUAUUAGAUUUACGAACGCCAGCCAAUCAGGCGAUAUUCCGUUUGGAAGCCGGCGUUUGCCGUUUGUUCCGUGAUAUUUUGGCUCGAAAAGGUUUUACGGAAAUUCACACGCCAAAAAUUAUUUCCGCUGCUAGUGAAGGUGGUGCUAAUGUAUUCACCGUUAGCUAUUUUAAAGAUUCGGCUUACCUUGCUCAAUCGCCUCAAUUGUACAAGCAAAUGGCAAUUGCCGCUGACUUUGACAAAGUGUAUACGGUGGGAGCGGUGUUCCGUGCCGAAGACUCAAACACACAUCGUCACUUGACUGAAUUCGUUGGCUUAGAUUUGGAAAUGGCCUUCAAAUACCAUUACCAUGAAGUGCUUGACACAAUCGGUCAUUUAUUCACGGAAAUAUUUAAGGGGCUUCGUGAUCAGUAUGCCGCCGAAAUUGCAGCCGUUGGCAAUCAAUACGAUGUGGAACCGUUUAAAUUUUUAGAACCACCAUUGCGACUGAACUAUUCACAAGGUGUUGCGAUGCUGCGUGAGGUUGGCGUCGAAAUGGACGAUGAAGAAGAUUUGUCCACACCAAAUGAAAAACUAUUGGGUCGACUGAUUAAAGCCAAAUACGAUACCGAUUUCUAUAUUUUAGACAAAUUCCCAUUGGCUGUUCGUCCAUUCUACACUAUGCCAGAUCCAAAUAAUCAAAAAUGGUCCAACUCCUACGAUAUGUUCAUGCGAGGUGAGGAAAUUUUAUCGGGCGCACAACGUAUACAUGAUCCAGACUAUUUGAUGGAACGGGCUAAACAUCACGCAAUCGAUACAUCGAAAAUUGCCGCAUAUAUCGAAGCAUUCCGCUUCGGUUGUCCACCGCAUGCUGGUGGUGGCAUCGGAAUGGAACGUGUUGUUAUGUUGUACUUGGGAUUGGACAACAUUCGAAAAACAUCCAUGUUCCCACGUGACCCAAAGCGUUUAACGCCCUAAACAACCAAAUUCUCCAUACAACACUUAAUAUCAUUUUAUUUGAAGUACGAAUUUUUUUUCUGUUUUAAAUAAUAAAAGUGUCGUCUUUACAAUUAGAAAUCAAUUUGAAAAAUGAAUAAAACUAAAAAUUACAAAUAUUUACAGAAGAAAAAUAAAAUCGUCAAUAAAAAGCAACACUAACAAUUAUGGAACCAAUAAUAAAACAAAAUGACCGUUGAUAGAGUA